GACGAGAUCUCUCCCAAAUUUCUCAGCUCCAGCGGAAAUCCCAAACCCAGCUCGACUCCUCCGACCCGCUCGCCUCCCUGUCGGAAUCGCGCAUCUAGAGCUCGCCGCCCUCGCCAUGGCGCAAGGCACCGCGCCCUCAGCGGGCGGCGGCGGCGGCGUUUUCUCCACCUCCGCAGCGGUCGCGACGACUCCCCCGGGCACCCCUCGCGGGCCCCAGCCGUCGCCGGCGGCGGCGGCGGCCCCUUCCGGCCACUACGCGGUCGAGCUCUACUUCGACCCCGCGCUGGAGAACCAGGUGCUCAAGGCGUGGAACGCGCUGGCUCGGCGGCAGCUCAGCAGCCGCCUCAUCGACACCGCGUCCCGUCCGCACCUCCCCUUGCUCCACCUCCCAGCCGCCGCGCUCCCAGACCCGCUACGCCUCGCCCCCUGCCUCCGCGCGCUGGCGUCUCGCCUCGAUCCGCUCCCGCUCGCGCUCUCCUCGCUUGCGUCGCCCCCAUCGUCCCUUGACGCCGGGGUGCUCUUCCUCUCGCCCACGCCCUCGGCCGCGCUGCUCGGCCUCCACGCGCAGCUCUGCGAACUGCUCCGCAAGGAUGCGGGCCUCGAGGUGCCCGACGGGUUCCGCCCCGAUAACUGGGUCCCGCGGUGCGCCGUCGCCAUCGAUGUGCCCCGCGGCCGUAUGGCCGAGGCCUUCUGCGUGCUCCGCGACCUCAAGCUGCUGCCCGUCUCCGGAUACGGGAUGGACAUCGCGCUGGUCGAGGUCGCGCCGGUGGUCAGGGAGGUCGUGUCAUACCCGCUCGGUGGCAGCGGCGGCGCUGGAGCCGACUGAGAGGGGUUGUUGUAACCUGUACAAUGUCAAGAACAUAUGUACGGACAAUCAUAUUUAACAAGGACAUCAUAAUGAUAUUAUUUGCAUUUCCUUGUGCAAUUCGCCCAGUUUGUGAAAAACCAAGUCGGAAAAAAAGGUAGAUCAUACUGUAUCCUAAUGAAUACAGUAUUUGUUUCUUUAAUCUUUUUGGUUUAUAAUAUCCCCUCCUCAAUUGUAGAGACUUCGCAAACUAUUACCCAUUUUCAUGUUUAUUGUAAUGUUGGUUUCCUGUGUGUGUCAGUGUGUGUGUGCCUUGGAGUUGAAACUGAUUGUGAUGUCUUCAUUCUUUUGGUCUCGAGAUUGGCUAACACUGAACAGGUGGGAAAGUAUCUCAUAUGUGUUGGGUAUUUUAAUUUAGGGGCAGACCCCAAUAGAAAUGCCAAUUUAUUGUUGUAUGAGAAACCAUAGAAUGUACUUACAUUAUGUAUUUUGGUAAUUUGAUUCUGUGCACUUAACUCU